AUGUCUACAUACAUGCUUUGACAAUAAAGAUUUGAUCUUUUUAGCUUCUUUCCACUCUUUAGUCCUCUUUGCUUCUGAGGAAGAGUUGUAUAUUUUUCAAGAAAAUCCUUAAACUAAGGGAAGAUCAAGAAUGGUCUGAAAAUUAGUUGUUGUUUGCAUGGAGAAUCAAAGAGGCACAGCAAGUACUUUGUCAGCUGAUCAUCAUAACAUGCCUUAUAACACAAGCCUCAUGUAUCAUUCCACAAUAAAUAGUAAUCAAGAACCAUCAUCAACUUUUGAUUUUGGAGAGUUGGAAGAAGCAAUUGUUCUACAAGGAGUUAAGAUGAGCAAUGAUGAGUCUAUUAAAUCAUCUUUAUAUGAAGCAGCCAAAAACAGACCUGCAGCAACUUUGGAGAUGUUCCCUUCUUGGCCUACUAGAGUCCAUCACACCCCAAGAGGAAGCUCAAAAUCAAGAGGAGAACAAAGUAGUGAUUCAGGUUCAGCACUAAACACAACAAUUUCAAGUAAAGGUGAAGCAAAUUUGGAGCCAGAAUCUCCUAUUAGUCAACAACAACAAUUUCAAGAAAUGGCAAGUGAUAGUCCAACAACAGGAGUGUCACAUACUGAAAAGAGAAAGGGUGCUGGUUCAACUUCAGAUAGAGUGACUGAUGCUAAGACUUUGAGACGGUUAGCUCAAAAUAGAGAAGCAGCAAGGAAAAGCAGACUAAGAAAAAAGGCUUAUGUACAGCAGCUAGAAACAAGUAGGAUGAGACUUGCUCAAUUAGAACAAGAACUUCAAAGGGCUAGAUCUCAGGGGCUUUUCAUGGGAGGUGGUGCUGCUGGUCCCAACAUCAGCUCUGGUGGAGCAAUGUUUGACAUGGAAUAUUCAAGAUGGUUAGAUGAUGAUCAAAGACAAAUAUCAGAACUACGUACAGCAUUACAAUCACAUUUAGGAGAUGUUGAACUUAGAAUAAUUGUUGAUGAUUACAUUGCUCAUUAUGAUGACAUUUUUAGACUCAGAGGAAUUGCUGCUAAAUCUGAUGUCUUUCAUCUCAUUACUGGUGUUUGGGUAACCCCUGCUGAGCGUUGCUUCCUUUGGAUCGGCGGUUUUCGACCCUCCGACCUCAUCAAGAUGUUGAUUGCAAAAUUGGACCCUUUAACACAACAACAAGUUGUUGGGAUUUAUAGUCUUCAACAAUCAUCACAACAAGCAGAAGAAGCACUUUCACAAGGCUUAGAACAAUUACAACAAUCUUUAAUUGAAACAAUAGCCACUGGUCCUGCCAAUGAUGGUAUGCAUCAUAUGGCUAUUGCAUUGGCUAAACUUGCAAAUCUUGAAGUCUUCCUUCAUCAGGCUGAUAAUUUGAGACAGCAAACACUACACCAAUUGUACAGAAUAUUGACAAUAAGGCAAGCAGCAAGGUGUUUCAUGGUGAUUGGUGAAUAUUAUGGUAGACUUAGAGCCUUAAGUUCACUAUGGGCAUCACGUCCUAGAGAGACCAUGAUGGCAGAUGACAACUCUUGUCAAACAACAAAUGAGUUGCAAAUGAUACAACAAUCACAAUACCAUUUCUCAAAUAUGUGAUGAUCAUUAUUCAUUCUUAUAUUAGCGAAUUAUAGAGAUCUUAAAAAGUUUCUUGAUAAUAUAAAUUAAUAUUACUCUUAUAUUGUACAUGUAUAAAUCAAUUUUAUUGUGCACAA